UUUUGUUUCUCACUUGAAAUUCACAGUUAAGUUGCUACCAAAACGCUCUUCGUUCUCGACUCCGCGGCGUAGAUCCGAGGAGUUUGGGAAACCCUAGCUUCGCUCACGAACACCGCCACUCUUUUUCUAACGUACUCUACCUCUUCUUCAUCAACCUAAGUCAUGGCUGGAGUUGCACCUGAGGGUUCACAGUUCGAUGCUCGUCAAUUUGAUGCCAAAAUGAGUGACUUACUUACAGCUGAUGGACAGGACUUCUUCACAUCUUAUGAUGAGGUUUUUGAAAGUUUUGAUUCUAUGGGCUUGCAAGAGAAUCUCCUCAGAGGCAUUUAUGCAUAUGGUUUUGAAAAACCAUCUGCCAUUCAGCAAAGGGGAAUAGUUCCCUUCUGCAAGGGACUUGAUGUUAUUCAACAGGCUCAGUCUGGAACUGGGAAGACAGCAACUUUCUGCUCUGGUAUUCUGCAGCAACUGGACUACAAUGUGACACAAUGCCAGGCCUUGGUUUUGGCACCAACUCGUGAGCUUGCUCAGCAGAUUGAGAAGGUUAUGCGGGCGCUUGGAGAUUAUCUAGGUGUGAAAGUUCAUGCUUGUGUGGGAGGUACUAGUGUUCGUGAAGACCAACGUAUUCUAUCAAGUGGUGUUCAUGUUGUGGUUGGUACUCCUGGCCGUGUGUUUGAUAUGCUGCGCAGGCAGUCACUUCAGCCAGAUUACAUCAAGAUGUUUGUAUUGGAUGAGGCUGAUGAAAUGCUUUCCCGAGGUUUUAAAGAUCAGAUCUAUGAUAUAUUCCAGCUGCUGCCUUCUAAGAUUCAAGUGGGAGUUUUCUCUGCUACAAUGCCUCCUGAGGCCCUUGAGAUCACCCGGAAGUUCAUGAACAAACCUGUGAGGAUCCUUGUGAAGCGUGAUGAGCUCACCUUGGAGGGCAUAAAGCAGUUUUAUGUCAAUGUUGACAAAGAGGAUUGGAAGCUGGACACACUCUGUGAUCUUUAUGAGACUUUAGCCAUUACUCAGAGUGUCAUUUUUGUAAACACCAGAAGGAAAGUUGAUUGGUUAACUGACAAGAUGCGAGGCCGUGAUCACACAGUGUCGGCAACCCAUGGAGACAUGGACCAGAAUACCAGGGACAUUAUUAUGCGUGAAUUCCGAUCUGGGUCUUCUCGUGUUUUGAUUACUACUGAUCUUUUGGCUCGUGGUAUUGAUGUCCAACAAGUGUCUCUAGUUAUAAAUUAUGAUCUCCCUACACAGCCUGAGAACUAUCUCCAUCGUAUUGGUCGAAGUGGGAGGUUUGGUAGGAAAGGUGUUGCUAUCAACUUUGUCACUAGGGAUGAUGAAAAAAUGCUGUAUGACAUCCAGAAGUUUUAUAAUGUGGUAGUCGAGGAGCUGCCAUCAAAUGUUGCUGAGCUUCUCUGAUGAGAUUUUGUCCUCCAUCCUAUUUUGAUGAAAAUUAGUUUACGUUUGGUAAGUGUUAUGCAAUGUUUUUUUUCUGCUCUUGUUUCUGCUUUUAAACCUUGUUUCAUAGGCUCAGUAAUUUAAUUUGAAUUUUCAGUUGUCUGAAUAUCCAAGUGAUAUGUACACUCGCAAUGUGAAAUCCCAUUAUUGCCCAAAUUAAUGUAUGAACGUUGUUGAACAUUUCUGGCUGGCAUUUUUUCUAAUAUACGUUUUGAGUUUUACU